AAAGACAGAUUUGCCUUUGGCCGGAUUCCUUUGGAUCCAAUCUGCGGGAUGGCAACUAUACGGCCUCGUCCACGUGCUCCCGGACCACUUGGAACCGGGCGAGAACGUAUCAAUCGCCAGGAGCCCAUUGUUCGGCGUGGGCGUCUGAAUCUGGCUCGCGGCACUUCACUGCCCACGCGGAGCCUUUCCGCACCUCGAGGGGUUACGCCUGUGCGCUUCACAGCACCCGGCAUCCAGCGCGGCACCUCGCGGCGCAAUCUUUCCGUCGGGCCGCAGCGGCAGCGCAGGGGCUGGAACCACGCACCGCAAGAGCCUUCUGAGGACUGGUGUUUCGCAUAUUAUUUGGCGAAUGGCCUGAAUGUCAAGGAUUUACACCAGAGGUGGCUACAGAGCCUGCGAAAACCAGAUCCAAACCGCGAAGAGUGCACAGUGAUUCGUUUCAAUGAUGAUGUGAUGUUGCUGAAGGUUGACGAGAAAGAUUGCUUUGUUUUUUCCUUCGGAUGUUUGGUAUGCUGGGGAUGCACGCCACAAGAGGUCAAUGCUGCUCGCGCGUAUGUUGAGAACCACCUGGCAAGACCAUUGGAGUCUCCUAAGAUUGAAGUGGACUUCUUGAGCAUUAGAGGUAUCGCUGGAGACCUGCCCAUUGCUGCGAAGGCAGUCGAUCGUUUAGCGAUUGCAUACUCGCUGGCGCAAUCCGUGCGACUCAGCUACUGGGAACAAAGGAUUGACCUUUGGGUGGCGGCCACCAGGACCAUUCCGGAGGACAUGGCCCACACAGGUAGGGUAUUGCUGAGCAGUCAUCGUGUGAGCCAGAUGAUGGGCGAGCUCUUCGCUCUCAAGAACCAGGUGAACUUAGAGUUUGACACCUUAGAUGGCACUCCGGACGUUUUUUGGGACUAUGAAGAGUCCGAGCCCCUGUAUCAGCAAACGAGGAUCCAUUUAGAUGUGGAUCGGCGCAUUGACAUCGUCAACCAGCGCUUUGAGGUGUUAGAGGACAUGUUUGACGUUCUGCAAGACAAGCUGAACGAGAGGCAAGAGCACAGGCUCACAUGGAUCAUUAUUUGGCUAUGUGCAUUGGAGGCGGUUUUUACCGCGUUUAAAGUAUUUUGGAUUGCUGGCGUGCCAUUUGCUCUUCAGAUGGAGCAGCGGCUUGAGAGCGAAAUCUUCGGAAGCAAUGCCCCAGCAGUUGGUUCCAACACUUCUCAGGCCAUGCCAUCCAGGCCCUCAAUGCAGGAGGCGCCCAGGAGGUACUUGCUGCUGGUCCCACUUCUGGGUUCAUUGGAUUGGGCUGCAUGUCAAUUGCAGUCGCUUUUGAAGGCUUGCGUUUAGACCCUUUUCUGUUGCGUAGGCGGGCCACGAGCCCCAGGUCAUCCUAUUGUGUGGAGGCCGUGUAGAAAGCUUAAACAUUGAUUAUAUGCUGGCAGCUAUGCCAAGCAAUUGAGGAUUGCGUCGAAUAGAUGUGUGACCUCGGCCUGAGUCAAGAAGACGAAAGAUGAUCUUGAAUCACCAGA